CUUUUCUGAGGUCUAAGUGAUUACUUUUGUUCGGCGGUCUUUUAACUUGGGAUGCUGUGUUUUUGUGACUUAAUAGGGUUUUAGCAUGUCAAUUGAGCCAAUAAAGUCACAGCAAUGGCUUCAUCAUGAUUCACAACUGGCUGCUGAUGCUGGGGUAACAUUUGAGCUUCAAUAUGUUGGUGCCAUCCCAGUGCUGACAUCCAUAAAAUCUGUGAAUAUAAAUACCAGAACUCGAAUUUGUCGUGCAUCAAUACGUCGUGUAUGUGAAGAUGUUGGUCUAAAACUACCAAGUAACCAACCAGCUGACAAGUCAAUAAAACAGUUCAUUGGCCCAUCCACUGAUAUGACAUGGGCAAUGGCAAACGUAUACCUUACAAUCACAUCACAAACACUAACUGUUGAGACAAUUGAUAAUGGUGUGUUAUUAUUCCAGCACAACCUAUUCCUGGUUUCUUUUGCUUCCGCUGGUGACGCAGAUACACCAGAUUUCAUUUGUUAUGUGGCCAAAACAGAUCAAGACACUCGUAUGUGUUACGUUUUUGAAUGUUCAGAUGGUCUUGCCCAGGAUGUAAUUAUUACAAUCGGACAAGCAUUCCAGUUAGGAUAUCAGGAUUUCAAAAAUUCCAAACCUCAAAAUGUUAAUAAACAAACAUCUCCUAUUAAAUUAAAUUCAUUGGAUUCAUUAUUUUCUCAUCACCAAACAUUUCAAACAAAUAUAUCAAUGUCUAAAAAUUCUCUUAGUAAUUCAAACAAACCUUCAUCUAUUAAUAGUACCAAUUAUCAUGUAUCUGCCAAUACCAGUACUUCCCUAUCAAAAGACAAUACAUUAAAUCAAAAUACUUCUAUGCCUGAUAAUAGUGUUACUCAUCAACCAAUAGCUUUUGAUAAUUUUAUGGAUUUUGAAGAUAGUGCAUGGCAUCUUGGUAACGAAAUUUCUUCGGAUAAUCAAACUGAUAAUGCAGAAUGCAACAAGCCAUCCUGUGGCACUACAAAAAAUUCUACCCAAUCUAAUCAAAGUGAUUUAACACAACAGCCUUCCUGCAACAUUAAUAAAGUCGCUGGUGUCAAAUCAAUGUCUAAUAUAAAGGCACAAGUUGGACUUCCAAAUUUUGAACAUUUGGAACCAGUAGGUGAACCUUGGUAUGUUGGUAAAAUGUCCAGAUCACAAGCCGAAAAUUUGUUGCGUUAUGAUGGGGAUUUUCUUGUACGUGCUAGCAUUCAGCAGCCUGGUCAGUUUGUACUAAGCGGCCUUCAAGACGGAAAAUAUAGACAUUUGUUACUGGCCGAUCCUAAUGGAAAGGUACGUACAAAAGAACGAGUAUUUGAUAGCAUACAACAUCUUAUUGAUUAUCACGUACAAAAUGGUGCGCCUAUUCGUUCACUUGACAGCGAAAUAAAAUUAAUAUUUCCAGUAUCUACACAUACAUUUUGCAUUUCUUAAUUCAAUUCCGCAUUGUCCAUAACAAUGUUUAGUAGCAGGAAUGUUUUUAAGGUUUUAACCUCGUAUAUCAAUGGACCCAAAUAACAUAUGCCGUGUUGUGUGUGAGCGAACAACGUUAAUCGUUAUUGACUAGUGUACACCGAUUUGCCACCAAAGUUAUUACUCAAAUUUAUGUAUAUACUCACGUCAUUAAAAUGGACACCUACGUCGAGAGCGAAACGUACUAUAAUCUGAUUGACAAGCUUUUGUGUUAAAUCUAAAUAGCAAACAGCAUGUUUCAAUCACCUAUUUUUAAGGCAGAAUUUGUAUGCUAGGUGUUAAUCCAGCAAUGCCUUUUGUCUAAGCGAUUUUACUGUCUAUUACUACGAUUAAUGAAGCUUUUCGGAUAAACUAAUAAUUUUAACAGUCAACUGUUAUCAUAUUAUGUAAAUAAUCUCAACAUCUUUGAAUUUCAGGAUCUUUGACAUAGGUGCACAAUUCAGUGACAAUAUACCAACAACUCAAUUUUAUCUCUGUGAUCUAAUAACUUUAUUUUAUAUCCCAUGCUUAUAUUGUUAAGUUAUGCUUUCUCUAUCAACUUUCUACUUCAUAACAUUCCAAAACUUUGUGUAAAUCGACUUACUUACUUUUAUACUAAACUUGUGCAACAUGCAAUAGUAUUUGGCUGUAAUUUAUUUUACAUCACAUUAUUUUACUAAUGACUUGUUGUUGCUUUUCUGCAAAUUAAUCACUGAUUUCGCGUUAUGUGAUUUCUAUAAAAAUCCUGUAAAAUUUUCUAGACAUCGAAAUGAAACGAAAACCGAUGAAGUGUGACAAGUCAUUUCAUGUUCGUUUCCAAAUACCUUACCUAAUGAUUCCACAAAUACUGGGUUGUAUAUGAUAUGGUCUGAACUUAUCACGGACAUGUAAGCACUAAAAAUCGUACAGGUACUUAACUGUUCAAACUCUAUACACUAAGUGCUCCAUGUGAAUCGAAAGUGGAAGUAAUGGAACGUAGUUCAACAAAGUUAACUGUUACUUACAUUUCGACAUAUAACCAUCCCUAUUUCAAAAUAUAGUUCAGAUCUAUUUC